AUGGUGUUCGACACCGUCCUGGUGGCCUUCAUGGUGCUGGAGGCGUGGGUGUUGCCCACCGUGCUCCUGGCAGCGGGCGAUCCGGGUCCCAGUGUCCUGGGGGCGCUUCGAUGGCUGCGCCUUGCGCGCCUGGUCCGGAUCUGCCGGCUGCUGCGGAGCCUGCCGGAGGUCUUGUUCAUGGUCCGGGGCGUCGCGGCCGCCACCCAUUCUGUGGGGUGCACGUUCGGGAUGCUGUUCGCAACUGUGUACGUCUUCGGCAUCGCGUUCACCCAGAUGGGCGACGGUACUGCGUUCGGUCCGAAGUACUUCGCGAGCAUCCCAGAGUCCAUGUACACGCUGCUACUGGACGGGGCGUUCAUGUGCAGCGGGCGCGAGGUGCUGGACGCUAUUCGCCGAGAGAGCGCCCUGUGCUUUGCAGUGUUCGUCGUGUUCGUGCUCGUCACGCACCUGACGAUCCUGAACCUCCUUAUAGGUGUGCUGUGCGAGGUGGUGAGCGAGGUGUCGUCCGCCGAGAAGGAGAAGUCCGAGCGGGCCUUCGUGAGGGAGAAGGUCCGCCAGGUGCUCGAGGCGGCGGGCCGGGAGGCGGCCGACGAGCGCGAGAUGCAGAUCUCCAGGGGGGAGUUCCUCGAGCUGCUGCAGAACGAGGAGGCCAUGGAGCUGCUGGAGAGGGCUGGCGUGGACAUGCUGGUGCUGCUGGACUUUGCGGACUUCUUCUUCCAGAGCGACCGCCUGGGCCACCAUUUCGACAAGAGCCUCGGCUUCGACGACUUCAUCGGCACGGUGCUGAAGCUGCGCAGCGGCGGCGGAGUGGGCUUGAGGGACGUGCUCGAGCUGCGGAAGUUCGUGCGCGACGAGACCCUGGGCUUGCAGGUCGCGCUCUCGCGCAUCGAGGCGCGACUUGGGCACGCUGGCCCCUGCGCGUGA